AGAGAGAGAGAGAGGGAGAGGGAGAGAGAGAGCACGUGCCGGGUCAGUCGUCGCGUGGCUGUCGCGAGAGUGGGUUGUGUCGCCGCCCGGUGCCUGCAGAAGGUGUACUGCCGCGCCUCCUCUGCCGCUCCCGCCCCUGCCGCCGCCACGCCUGCAGGGCCACUCCCGAGUCCGCCACGCCUCGCCCACAGGUGCUGCCACACCCUAGAAGCCCUCCUUGUCUCUCCCCUCCCACCUACAGGCUGCCCCGCUCCUGUCUCUUCUCCUGUCGGCGCCCCGUCUACCCCGACGCCCCCGUGUGAGGCGCCACGUGAUCUGGGGGUGCGCGGGUCAGGGAAGGUCAGGUCAGGUGACUCUCGCAGCACCAUGACCCCCCGCUUGGUGACCCUCCUGGUGAUGGUCGUGGUGACGCUGAGCGAUGUGGCCACUCCUGAAGGUGUUGCUGCCACCGCCGCUGCUAAGGAGCCACCUGGUGCGGCCCCCUCCCCCCGCCAGCAAGGUAAUGGCGAUCCAGCCUCCGGGGAGACCAUGGUACACACCCCUAGGGACCCUAAGCCAGGCAGCACAACACACCGCCAAGAGCAGCCCAACAGCCCGCCAUCCCGCCAGGAACACACCCGCAGCAAACCCAGCUCUGGAGGCGAGGCGGCCGGGGAUGACAGCAGCGUGGACACCGUGCUAGCGGCGCUCGUGGACUACUCCAAGGACCCCAAGUUGUGGCGCUUCGUGCACAGCGUUGUCGAUGAGCUUGACUACAGUUUACGAGCCAGUCACCCUCAAGCUUCAGUCAGUUCCCAUCGACCCCGGCCAGCUCUGCACAUCACUCACCCCCACACCCAAUGGGGGAGGACAUCUGCUGGAGGAAAGCAUGACACAGGACAGAGUGACAGCCACACUGAUAGCUGGAAUAAUGACCAAAAAGGCUACUUAAACAGAAGCAGCCCUGAUAAAGCUCUCACUACCACCUCCACCACUGCCACACCUCUGCUGCCAUGGCUACAGCAGCCCCCAGAGGAACCCUUCAUUGGUGGCCACACAACACAGGACUACAAUGUAUCCUCGGAUGUGUCCUCUCAAAGUAGGUCCAACAGAGUCAAUUUUGUGAAGAGUGUGCCACCUCCCUCCACACACUUCUUCUUUCACCGAGUGUUUCUUGACAAGUCCUUUGACAACCGCACCAGACAGCCAUACCACCGCCCAGUGCUGGCCCUCACAGCACGGGAUAUAGGUGCAGCAAAGUCCUCAAUAGGUGAAAAAGGUAACACAUCUGAUGCAGCAAACCACACAGCACAUGAGUUGGAUCAUGGAAGUGCUGCAAAGGAAUUUACAGACAAGUUUGAUUCCCUGCCAGCAGCACCAAAGCAUUCUGAUGCAUCAAGUCAAGGCAAAGAAGUCUCCCAAGAUGGUGGUGAGAGGCAUGGUGGUGAUAGUGACUCAGAGAAUGUGAUACUAGAUAAACAUCAUCACCACCACCAUCACCACCACAGACACAAAUUACACACUUUCAAGAGUCAGCUUCAGUAUCUUCAGCGAUGGGAGGAGAAGCUGUGGCGGCGGGCUCACCUGCAGCCCCGCCACCACACAACAGGUGGCCUGUAGCAGCUGGUGGUCCCUCCCGUGCCUCACUUCAGCGCCAGUGGUCAGGUUCCUGCACAGUUAUUACACUGGGCAUAGUGUUGAUCUGGUCUCCUUUGCCUGAUCAGAACUGGUAACACACUAAUAGAAGAAGACUAACUUAUUUCAUUGUGCCAGUUUUGUAAGUAGAGUUUUGUACUGUACUAACAAAAAUCACUCAUCCUUAUACAUUUAUCAUAACUGUGCAUGGAAAAACCUUUUCUAGUGAAGAUUUUGAGGAAAGAUGGAUAAAGUUAAAUUUUUCAGAGUCUAUGAUUAAACAUUAAUAGGUAUCAGAAUAAUGCAGUGAUCCCCUGUCAAAUGGUAUGACAUGUGCAAAGGAUGCCAUCAGUCUGUGGGCCAUCAGGUGUGUGCAGCCAGUCCCCUGAAACUCUGAUGAUGCCAAGACACAAAUGGCUUUUAUGUAGGAGUCACAAGUGAGCAAACACACUAAGAUCCCUAUAGGUACAGUAGCUCCCAAAACUACCUAUAAAAAAUAGAUCUACAUUCUGACACAGAAGACAAUAUUAUUCGACAUGUUUGGUGAUUACAGUGGCAACAGUUGGUAGCCUUGCACACUAGGGAUGGUUUCCAUAUAUUAUGACCUGGGAAAUAGAUCAGCAUAUCAGUGUCACGUGAAGCCAUGCAUAUCAACCUCACUGAUGCCACAUGUGAUCAGGCAGCAGGUUUCACAUUGUUCAGUAUGCCACAUUUCACACCUCACUUUAAAGAUAAUUUUGGGAGCUACUAUACAUAGACUAUAACUUCCCUAUAACACUGUGAGGGAUAAGCAUAUGUCUGACUACUGCAAUGAAAUUUCUCAUCUUUGUCACUUUUUUUGAGAACAUGAAUGAGUAAGUGGAAAGGCAAGACAUUAAAAUCAGUUUGGAAUGUUACUGGCCUGUUCCUUUUGAAUGAGUUAAACCAACAAGUAUCUGACAACAUAUUACAAGUGCAAAAAUGUCUCCUAGGUUCAUAAUUUUGCUAGUUUUCCUAAACUUUUUUCUCUUUUUAUGUAAGAUGGGCCAGAUUUUUUUAUGUAAGAUGGGCACUGGCCAAGGGCAACAAAAUUUUUAUAAGAAAGGCCCCACAUGGUUUUAAAUAACAGAAUCUUGCAAAUACCAUUGCCAAUCAAGUCAUCAGUUAUGAAACUGGUAUUAGAAAAAACUGUAAACCAAGAAUCAUCCUCUCCAUGUAAUUUACUUGUACAGACAAUCAGAGGAAUAUGGAAUCAUACAUUUGGUAAGGGAACAUUGCAAUGAGAUUCUGAAGUACAUACCUAGUUGUUAUGGUGCCUAACAAGGUAGUCUCCAUACUACCCUUACUCACACCAGCCUUCAUCCUGCAUAUCUUUACUGGAACACCUCUGAUCCCAGCUUAAGCACUUCACA